GCAUGUGAAUGAGUGGCCUAGUAAAUUUUUCCCUAGAAGAUGCCUCACUUUCAAUUGCUUCUCUUCAUCAUCUGGCCAACAAUCUUCUUCUCUGCACCCGAGACUUCUAAUCAACUCCAUUUCUCCGAGUUUUCCAGCAUCUCAAACGACAUGAUCAUCACUGUUUUCUGUUCUGGGAAUCGACCUUGAACUUCUUUUCACCCUCAUUUGGGCUAUUUAAGAACAUAGCAACUUGAUUAUUUUAUAAACAGUUCAGUGAAUGGCCUUCUCGAUCAUGUCUGAGGAAGAUGAUCCUUACCCAUCUUGGGAUAAAACAAAAACACCUAUUCGUAUUUUCUUCAAGAAUGCAAGACAUGUUUUUAAGUUGGAUGAACUUGGUCGGGAAAUAGCGCAGAUUGCUUUGCCUGCUGCACUGGCUUUGGCGGCUGAUCCUGUAGCUUCUCUGGUUGACACGGCAUUCAUUGGCCAGAUAGGUUCUGUGGAGCUUGCCGCUGUUGGGGUUGCUAUUGCUUUAUUUAAUCAAGUUUCAAGAAUUGCGAUUUUUCCUCUUGUAAGUGUCACCACAUCUUUUGUUGCUGAGGAAGAUACUAUUGGAAGUGUUUCUAUUGAAGCAGAGGAUAAUAACGAUAUGGAGUCAGGUUUCUUUACAAAUGAUGAAAAAAGUUCGAUGAUCCCACAGAAUGGGAAAGGUGAAGAUGCACAUCAUUCAAGAAAACCAUUAGAAAAGAAAUUUGAAAAUAGUAAAGUUGAGAAUGGAAGAAGAUAUAUCCCAUCAGCCUCGUCGGCUUUGGUUAUUGGUGGUGUUCUUGGCCUCAUACAAGCCAUCUUCUUGAUUUCUGGGGCAAGACCUCUAUUAAACUUUAUGGGAGUGAAGUCUGAUUCACUGAUGAUGACUCCUGCACAGCAAUACUUGACACUGAGGUCACUCGGUGCCCCGGCAGUUCUUCUCUCCUUAGCCAUCCAAGGGGUCUUUCGUGGAUUUAAGGAUACUAAAACACCUCUAUAUGCAACUGUGGCAGGAGAUGCAACAAACAUUAUUCUAGAUCCAAUAUUCAUAUUCGUUUUUCGUUUAGGCGUUAGUGGUGCGGCCAUUGCACAUGUUAUAUCGCAAUAUCUAAUUGCACUGAUACUUUUUUGGAGAUUAAUGGGACAAGUUGAUCUCUUACCUCCUAGUAUCAAACAUCUGCAAUUUAGUCGGUUUCUGAAAAAUGGCUUUCUAUUAUUAAUGAGAGUCAUUGCUGUGACGUUCUGUGUGACGCUUGCUGCAUCAUUGUCUGCUCGUCAGGGAUCGACUUCAAUGGCUGCAUUUCAGGUCUGUUUGCAGGUUUGGUUGACAACGUCUUUGCUGGCUGAUGGACUGGCUGUUGCUGGGCAGGCGAUACUAGCCACUGCCUUUGCUCAAAACGACCAUGAUAAGGCAACAGCUGCAGCAUCGCGAGUAUUACAGCUAGGUUUGUUUCUCGGACUGAUGCUUGCAGUCUUCCUUGGAGUCGGAAUGACUUUUGGAGCAAGGUUAUUUACAAGUGACGUCGACGUCCUCCGCCUUAUUGGCAUAGGAAUACCAUUUGUUGCUGCAACUCAACCAAUCAACGCCUUGGCAUUUGUUUUUGAUGGCAUCAACUUUGGAGCCUCUGAUUUUGCAUACUCAGCUUGCUCCAUGGUUCUGGUGGCAAUUAUCAGCAUUUUCUGUUUGUUCAUUCUUUCCUCAACUCAAGGAUUUAUCGGUAUCUGGGUCGCCUUAACCAUCUACAUGAGCCUACGAACACUAGCUGGAUUUGGGAGGAUAGGCACUGGAACAGGCCCUUGGUAUUUCCUUCGGAUCUAGGUUCGAGUUUUUCGAGUUGUUCAUAUACAUCGAUAAGCUGUUUGGUGAUGUUUCUUUUACAAAAUUCUCCAUUAAUCUCCAAGAAAGUACAUUUCAUAUCAUUGUAUGUACAGUAAAGAAAGGCAGCAUGUAUACAAGAAGAAAAUAGAAGAUGUAUUGAGUGUUUUGUAGCUUGUAAAUGACAAUGUUGAGAAUAAGAUCAUCAGUGUAACAACAAUAAAUAUAGUUUCCAAUUUUAUGUUAAAAUUGUUAUAUUGAAUCCUUUUACUUUGAAAUUAUUAUUUCAAGGGUCUUGUAAGCAUGAGGAGCUGUUUGUAAAUGUUAUAUUUUAUUAUUCUUGAAUGAAUAAUAAUAUUUAUUAAA